AUGGGCGCGGGAGCCGGCUGCGGGUGCGGGAAGCCGGCUGGACGACGCGGCGCGCCGGACUCGGCACAAGCGCCGCAGGCGGCCAGGGGCGCGGGAGUGCAGGUGCGCGGCGAUGGGGAGUCGGGCGCGGGGCACAGUGCGAUGGCGCAUGGACGCGCAGCAGGCCCGGGGCGGGGCAGGCCGGCCAAGUCGGCUCGGGAGGCCCUGCGCGGAGAUGGCGAGUCGGCGGGUGCGCCGGGGCCAAGCGGCGCGGGCGCGGGGCAGGCCGGCCAAGGCCAGCGCGCGGAGGCGGCCAUGGGGCAGGGCGGAGGGGCCACGGCGACCCGGCGCGCAGGGGAGUCGGCCGCGGAGGGCUCGGGCAUGGCCCGUCGGGGGCGCUCGCGCGGAGGUGUGGAGCCGGCUGGCAGUCUCGCGGGGAGGGAGGCGGCCGCGGCGACCCGGGCGCAGGGGAGUCGACCGCGGAGGGCUCGGGCGUGGCCCGACGCUGGUGCUCGUGCGGAGUAG